AAUGUUCUGCAAGGAACAGGAACUAGAAAAUACUACUCAGGUUCCCACUAUAAGUAUCCCAGGGAUGGAGUCUCUACUCUUAAAGAAAGAAUUGUUUGAUAUAUAGCAAGUAGGUUGGAAAAGUUUAGAAAACCUUAACAAUUAUUUGUCCCCUCUCUCUAGCUUAUUGAGUUCUUUCCUACCUAAAGUUGCAAGUCGAAUAUUCAUGAACCAUAUUGAGAAAAGAGAGAGCGGGGUAGAGACUAUGGAGAAAAAUGAGAAGGAAAGUGUGACAGAUGAGGAACCAAAGGUUAAAUACAGAGGCUGGAAAGUCAUGCCCUUUAUCAUUGGGAAUGAAACUUUUGAGAAGCUAGGAACCAUUGGUACCUUGGCCAACCUCUUGGUGUAUCUUACAACUGUGUUCAACUUGAGCAGUAUUACAGCUACAAAUAUUAUCAACAUCUUCAAUGGCAGUGCCAGUCUAUCUACCUUGCUUGGGGCAUUUCUUUGUGACACAUAUUUUGGACGCUACAAGACACUUGGAUUCUCCACAAUUGCUUCCUUUCUGGGGUUGCUUGUUAUACAACUAACAGCAUGGAUUAAGAAAAUGCAUCCACCUGAGUGUGGAAGAGAGAAGAUGACAUGCACAGGCCCAACUGCAGGGCAAAUGGCCUUUCUACUAGCUGGAUUUGGACUUCUAAUAGUGGGAGCUGCAGGGAUCAGACCUUGUAACUUAGCAUUUGGAGUUGAUCAGUUCAACCCCAACACUGAGUCUGGAAAGAAGGGAAUCAAUAGCUUCUUCAAUUGGUACUUCUUUACCUACACAUUUGCUGUCAUGGUGUCUUCGUCACUCAUUGUCUACAUACAGUCAAACGUGAGUUGGGCUGUGGGUUUGGGAAUUCCUGCUGCUUUGAUGCUAAUCUCUUGCGCACUCUUUUACUCUGGAACCAAAUAUUACGUCAAAGUUAAAGCAACAGGUCCAGCUCCAGUCACAAGUAUAGUUCAAGUUAUAGUUGUGGCUAUAAAGAAAAGAAGUCUGAAUCUACAACAAUUUACAUGGGAUUCUCUCUUUACCUAUAUUUCUCCCCAGUCUAUUAACUCCAAGCUUCCUCACACGUCUCAGUUCAGGUUCCUUGACAAAGCUGCUAUCAUAACUCCAGAAGAUGGUAUAAACCCUGACGGGUCAGCAUCCGAUCCUUGGAGGCUGUGCAGCAUGCAACAAGUGGAAGAGAUGAAAUGCUUGCUGAGACUGAUUCCCAUUUGGUUUUCAGGCAUUUUCUUCUACGUUGCCCUCGUCCAACAGAGCACAAUGCUGAUCUUCCAAGCCCUUCAAUCCGACAGAAGCGUCCUCAAUACAAGCUUCAAGAUCCCAGCAGCAUCCUACACCAUCUUCCAGAUGAUGAGCCUCACCAUAUGGCUUCCCAUCUACGACCGAAUAAUCGUGCCUUCACUCCAAAGGGUCACAAAGAAAGAGGGUGGCAUCACGGUUCUUCAAAGAAUGGGCAUUGGCAUGUUCCUCUCUAUACUCUGCAUGAUGUUGUCUGGUGUGGUGGAAGAGCGUAGAAGGACUUUGGCUUUGAACAACCCUAUAGGAGUGGAACCAAGAAAAGGUGCCAUUUCUCCAAUGUCGGGUCUGUGGUUGAUUCCUCAGCUAACACUGGCGGGACUAGCUGAUGCAUUCACUGUUGUUGGACAAGUUGAGUUUUUCUAUAAACAGUUUCCUGAGAACAUGAAAAGCCUUGCAGGGUCUCUUUUCUUCUGUGGCUUAGCAGGAUCAAGCUAUUUGAGUAGUUUGCUCAUUUCUAUUAUACAUAAGCUCACAGCUAAGUCUUCAACUGGGAAUUGGUUACCUCAGGAUCUCAACAAGGGGAGAUUGGAUUAUUUUUACUAUGUCAUAACUGUUAUAGAAGUUGUUAACUUGGGUUACUUUAUAUUGUGUGCCAAGUGGUAUAAAUACAAAGGGGAUGGCACUAGCAGCAGUAGCAAUAGUAUUGAACUAGAUCAAGUUUCCAAACAGUCUGAAAAAACUGUUAAUGGUGUCUAGUGGAUUGGCUCAUUGUUCCUAAUGUUUGUUUAGCAAGAAAAAUAAGGUGGGUUAUUUUUUUCUUUUGCUAUUUUAAGGAUUGGAUUUGAUAGGUUACCUUUAAUUAAUAAAAACAGAAACACGUGAAUUCAGUGAAAUGUACUUUAA